AUGCGCUUACUCUCACAAUCAAUUGGUAAACCACCAAUUUUUAUGGAAAAAAUUUUAUCAAAAUGGUGGAAAGUUUGUAUUAUUAGCAAGCUAUUAGCUAUAAUAUAUAUCUGUAUUAUUAUACAACCGGAAUACAAUGAACAUACAAUGGUUUCCGAAAAUGCUUUACUUCCAGCGCUUGUUACCGAACGUUUUAGCUAUUAUCAACGAAUUUUAACAUUUCUAAAUGGAUUUCAUAAUGAGCGUAAUAUUUCUGAUUACAUUAAUAAACAACUCUUGGCUUAUGGUAUUAUGACGCAGAAGAUGCGGUUUACAGUAACUCUUCCAGGCUUUAAUCAAUCCGGAACGAAUAUUAUUGGCGUUGUUCGUGCGAGCCGUUCAUCAUCAACUGAAGCAAUGCUUGUGGCCGUAUCAAUAACGAAAACAAAUUUGGAAGCGUUAGCUGUAGUGCUAGCUUUGGCAACUUAUUGUCGAGAACAAAUAUAUUGGGCUCGUGAUAUUCAAUUCAUUUUCGUAGACAAAAGUCUAGUCGGCUUGACAGCUUAUCUAGCUCAGUAUCACGAGCAUCAUCAUUCAUUUUUGCAAUCUGACAAAUUACAUUUUCAUAGUGGAGCAAUCGUUGGAGCUUUCGCUGUAAAAGCGAAAGGUUCAGUGUUUGAUACGAUAAACAUUGAACAUAACAUGGUUAAUGGUUUAUUACCAAAUUUGGAUUUAAUCAAUUUAAUGGCAAAAUUGGCGGAUAAAUUUGGACUAAAUCCGGAAGUUUUCAAUCAUGGAUAUCAAGAAUCAUGGUGGGAUUUAGCCGAAACAACUAGUAAAGCUAUGCUCAGUCAGGCCUUCAAUGAGAAAGAAGGAUUGCAUAGCAUUUUUGGACCAUACGGAAUACAAGCAGUAACUAUACAUGUUAAAAAUGCUAUGGAAGGACAUGCAUCGCUAACAGAUUUAGGUCGAAUAUGUGAAGGAGCAUUAAGAUCACUGAAUAAUAUCUUGGAAAAGUUUCACCAGUCAUACUUCCUUUAUAUCAUGACGGAUAUACGACAUUUUCUUUCUGUAGCUUAUUACAUGCCAGCUCUUGGUCUUAUUUUGUUUCCACUAUUAAUACUGGCACUUCGUAACUGGUUCAGUUUGAAAGAAUUCAGUUUUCCGAAUUCAUUCGUUCUUCUUCAUGUAAUUGGAAUAGUGCAAUAUUGUAUUAUCAGAAAUGUUGCUGUAUCACAAUUUUAUCAUACCUAUAUGGUUAUGCUAUCAUUUUCCGCUUUCAUUCCAUGGUAUUUGCUUUUUCCACUGUAA